AAAAUAGUAAUUUGUGGGAAAAAAAAUCAUUCAUAAUGUUAGUUAUUAUCCCCCGAUAUGUUUUAAACGGGCACAGAGUAGUCUUCCACUAUCAUCCCAUAUCCCAUACGUGCUCGAAAAUGUUUUCUCAAUUGCCUUUGAUAGCAAUGUGAAUUGUCAUGCUUUAAAAAGCACAAAUGAGUUUUUUCAGCAAGUUUAAAAGGAGAAAAAACUCAUAUUUUAAGGAAAACACUUGAAAAUGUAGUUGAGGGUUUGCUUACCACGCGAACUGAACCACAGCCACAAGAGAACUCCUGUAGCCUGCUAGCCACAUAUGAAUAUUUGCUGUGGUAAGUUGGGUUCGUAGUUCUAAGAAGAUUAGCUUCUUUUCUGCCAGUAAACCUGUAUAGGUCUUUACAAAACGUCACCAAUGAUAAUGGGGGAAUUUUGUUUAAACUCAGAAGACGAUCUAUAUAAAUCAGCAACAAACUUGACAUUCCAUCAAACAAGGUUAAACAAGCUGCAAUCUCAUUUUAAGGAUUUCUGAAGAGACCACUACUGCCUUUGCAUUCUUGGUUCUGAUUCAGGGACGGGCAGAUACAGUUGAGAAGGAUGAAAUUCUGUAACAGCCUCUUGUCAAUGGUUUAUUUAACCAGUUUAUAUGUUUUUACAUGUGAAACUAAGAUAUUUCACCCAAAACAUUGCCAAAGAGCACAACUGGAAAAAAACACUGAAGACCUCUACAACAAAACAGUCUCUUUCAAACGACUCUUUCCUAAAGAUAAUAUCACAGACAUCCAACUUUUGACAAAACAAUUGAAAGAGGAUUUUAUGGCUCAGAAAAAUUGUAAUCUGAGGAACAACUUACUUUCAUUCUACAUCAAUACUUUUCUUGAAAACACUCUUGUUAAGGAAAAGGCUAAGAAAUUCAAAAUUAUCGACAAAUUGAUGGUUAUCCAGGACUUGCUUCUGCACUGUAAAAAAAGUCACUGUGACCAAAAAGAAACUGAAAGUAAAAGUUUUAGAGAGCUGAAAAAAAAAACUUGCCAGAUUCAUGGUAAAAGGGUAUUAUGGAAAGCCAUAAGUGAAAUGGAUAUACUUGUCGAGUGGAUUCAGGAGUAUAUUGAAGAGAUGUUAUGAAAGAUUGAUUGAGAGAUUUUUUUUGCUAGAUUCACCUUUGAAAUAAUCCAAACGCUAGAAAGAGAAGACCAGACAUUACAAACU